AUGUUGAUGGAUUAUACCUAUUUUGGGGAUGUGGUUACAUUUGACACCACAUAUAAAACUAACAAGGAGUACAGAUCAUUGGGCGUAUUUGUGGGAUUCAAUCAAUUUAGACAAUUGGUUAUUUUUGGAGCAACUCUAUUGUAUGAUGAGACCAUUGAAUCAUUCAAGUGGGUGUUCGGUACAUUUGUAGAGGCAGUUUGUGGAAAGUACCCAAAAACCAUCUUCACAGAUCAGGAUGCAGCCAUGGCCGCUGCAAUUUCAGCUGUUAUGCCUUCAACUUACCAUGGUUUGUGCACUUUUCAUAUUAGAGUCAAUUUCAUGAAACAUCUUGGGAACUAUUACAAGGAUGGUAGUAAUCUCCCAUAUAAAUUUGUUGAAUGUAUGUAUGAGAUAGAAGAUAAAAAUGAGUUUAUCAUGGCCUGGGAUGCAAUGCUAAAAGAACACAAGCUCGAAACAAAUGAAUGGUUGUGUGGCAUUUAUGCAUAUCGAAAGAAAUGGGCAAAAUGUUUCAUGAAAGGCUCCUGGACUGCAGAUGAAAAAAGAUAUAAUGAACUAAGAACUGAGUAUCACAGUCGACAGAAGCUGCCAAUGUUGGGAUUGCAAAAAACUCCCGUACUGAUUCAGGAAGGAAUCCUAUGCUCACAUGCUUUAAAGGUGUAUGAUAUGGUUGGAACAAAGUUUAUUCCUGAUCAAUAUGUGACAAAGAGGUGGACAAAGAAGGCAAGGUCCGGAGGCAGCGUCGAUUGCAAGGGUAGAGAAAUAUCAUCAGAUCCGUCUCUCUCUAUUUCCCAUCGAUAUAGGAUAUUAGCACCCGAAAUAGUAAGACUUGCUACCAGGGCUGCCAUGUCAGAAGCCGCUACAAAGUUAGUCAGUAGCGUAAUGUCUGAAUUGUCAAAGAGAGUCGAAAUGCUAUUUUGUGGAGAAAUAGAUGAAAUAACACAUAAUAGUGCAUCAUUGGAUCUAUGUAAGGAAAUACAGGUGCAGAAUGCAGCUGGCCACUUUGUGACUCCAACGGGUUUGAAGAAAUGA